AUGGCGGUUGUUGUAUCUCCUACAGAGGACAGCAGUCUUCGUCCUGAGGUCAACUUUACAUACCUUCAACAAUAUGUAGAGAGUGCGAUGAUCUAUCGUUUCAUUCUGAUAGGUUUCGGAGGGUAUGUGACUUUUGGUGUCACCAUGAUUGGAAUUCCUGGAAACAUGGUGUGCUGCAUGGUAUUCCAUCGCCAGGGACUGAGGGACCGCAUGAACCUCUGUCUCUUCUCUCUUGCCUUCGUCGACCUCGUGUACGUGACCUAUGCAUUGGUGUGGUCAUCUACUGUGUUGAUGGCCUAUUAUCGUCUGUUUGAGUUCAACGAAGAAAAGUAUAUGACUUGCAUGCGUGCAAACCUAGGGAUUACAUACGGCUUGAGGGCAACCUCUGGUCUUUACUCCAUGGUUAUUGCGGUUGAGCGCUGUGUAUGUGUGUUGUUUCCCCUGCGUGCAUCCUCCCUACUACGCACCCGCACGAUGGCAGCACUGCUACUCGUCUUGGCUCUUUUUCCUCAGCUAGGAUUCAGUCCCUUGCCAAUAAAAUAUCAGGUUGGUCAGGUUGUAACUCCUGUCGGUGUUGAGUGGCAGCUUAUUCCAUCUCAGCUGUGGCAUCAACAUAAAGACUACAUCGACGCCAUCUUGUAUAUGUUUAUGAGUGUCACUGUGCCGUUGCUGACGUUUAUAAGUGUUUCCCUGGCGACAUUUAUUACAGUAAUCAAGCUAAGAGCCGCGAUGUCGUGGAGGGAGAAGGCGACCUCCACCAUUGACCACAGUCACGUGCAGCAGACAGGACUUACCAAAAUGCUGGUCCUCACCUCCUGCGUCUACAUCAUCACCAUGGUACCGUUUGUGUCUCUCAUCGUCGCACAUCUCAUCAUUCCGGAGUUCUCGACAAACGGUCGUCUUGUGAACAUAUAUUUAGCCUUAUACACCCUAGCCAACGGCUUCCCCUUUAUAAACAGCGCUGUAGUUGUCUUUAUCUAUUACAACCGAUCUUCACGAUUCAGAUCAGAAAUACGUAUUUUGUUUUCUUAUAUCAAAAACAGAAAGAGGGUUGACAAAGUUUAG